AUGACGCUCCCACAGCUGCUCCUCUGUCUCUCCCUCUCCAUGCUCUGCAUCUCCAGCAAACCCACUGAGAAGAAGGACCGAGUCCACCACGACCCCCAGCUCAGUGACAAGGUCCAUGAUGAUGCUCAGAACUUUGACUAUGACCAUGAUGCCUUCCUGGGUGCUGAUGAGGCCAAGACCUUUGAUCAGCUCACGCCGGAGGAGAGCAAAGAGAGGCUUGGAGUGAUUGUAGAUAAGAUAGACACGGAUAAGGAUGGGUUGGUGACCGAGGGGGAGCUGAAAGCCUGGAUUAAGAAGGCCCAGAAGAAGUACGUGUAUGACAGUGUGGAACGGCAGUGGCAGGACUUUGACAUGAACCAAGAUGGAUUUAUCUCCUGGGAUGAGUACAGGAACGUGACAUACGGCACUUACCUCGAUGACCCCGACCCUGACGAUGGCUUCAAUUACAAACAAAUGAUGGUGCGGGAUGAGCGCCGCUUCAAGAUGGCUGACAAGGAUGGAGACCUGACUGCCACCAAGGAGGAGUUCACUGCCUUCCUGCACCCUGAAGAGUAUGACUACAUGAAAGACAUCGUCGUGCAGGAGACCAUGGAAGACAUUGACAAGAAUGGGGAUGGCUUCAUUGACCUGGAGGAGUACAUUGGUGACAUGUACAGCCACGAUGGUGACGCCGAUGAGCCCGAGUGGGUGAAGACAGAGAGGGAACAGUUUGUGGAGUUCCGUGACAAGAACCGGGACGGCAAAAUGGACAAGGAGGAGACCAAGGAUUGGAUCCUCCCCUCGGACUAUGACCAUGCUGAGGCUGAGGCACGGCACCUUGUCUAUGAGUCCGAUCAGAACAAGGAUGGGAAGUUGACCAAAGAGGAGAUCGUGGAGAAGUACGACCUGUUCGUGGGGAGCCAGGCCACGGACUUCGGAGAAGCCUUGGUGCGACACGAUGAGUUUUGAGGGCAAAGGCCUCUUCUCCAGUAAU